CCCGUUGAUGAGUGUGUGUGUGUGUGUGUGUUGUACCAUUGUUCUCAUGACGCAAACACGAUCGAGUUUUUCGGUCCCGUUUAUAAAAGCAGUGGUCGAUCAUUCAGGUCGCACUUGGACGGCGUUACGUAACAGGAGCUAGGGCAGUGAACUUGAAACAAGAUGGGUUCCUUGACUUUCCUUGUCACUGCCGUCUGCGCUUUGACCACUGUCCAGUCUGCGAGUGUGUCCAAGAGAGCGACCCCGACCAUCGCAACGGACAAGUACCACAACUACAACGACCUGCAGGCGCUCCUACGUCAGCUUGUCUCAAACUACCCCAAUCUGGCUCGUGUCUAUGACGUCGGCACUUCCAUGGGUGGGAGAAAGUUGUCCGUUAUUCAGAUAUCCGACCGAGUGAACGAGAGGGAGGUCGGUGAACCCAGGUUCAAAUACAUCGGCAACAUCCACGGCAACGAGGCUGUGGGCAGGGAGGUCAUCCUGUACCUGGCCCAGUACCUGCUCUACAACUACGGCACUGACCCCAGGGUGACCCAGCUGGUGGACACGACGGACAUCCACCUGAUGCCGACCAUGAAUCCUGACGGGUUCGAGAUCUCGAGGGAAGGGGAUUGUGACAGCAUAUUGGGGCGAAAGAACAAUAACGGUGUGGAUUUGAACCGCAACUUUCCCGAUCAGUACUGGUCAACUGGCGACAUCCAGGUGGAGACACAAGCCGUCAUGAACUGGAUCAAAACCCAACCAAACUUUGUUCUAUCAGCAAACCUACACGGAGGGACUUUAGUGGCUAACUACCCGUUCGACGACCACCAGUACAGUGGCAUUACUUCAGGGCUGUACGCGGCUGCACCUGACGACGCCACCUUCAAGUCCCUGGCCAAAUCCUACGCCAACGCCCAUCCCACGAUGCACCUCGGCAAACAAUGCGGGGGAACGGACAACUUCCCAGGGGGAAUAAUCAAUGGUGCUGAAUGGUAUACUGUUGCUGGUGGCAUGCAGGACUACAACUACUUACACAGCAACACCUUUGAGAUUACCCUGGAGAUCUCCUGCUGCAAGUACCCGACUAGGAACAACCUCGCCUCGUUCUGGAAUGACAACAGAAACGCUCUCCUCACCUACAUAGAGCAGACACAUAUGGGAGUUAAAGGCGUCAUCAAGACAAGCCAGGGUGCUCCAAUCACUAACGCCCAGGUGCGUGUGUCUGGCAUCAAUCACGUGAUCACCACGUCAGAUCUUGGAGAAUACUGGAGACUUCUGACACCAGGCACUUACAACAUCAGUUACAGUGUUGCUGGGUAUACAACUGCUUCGACAAGUGUAACCGUCAGAUCUGGUUCACCUGUGGUACUCAAUGUGACAUUUGACCCCUCCACUAAACACGGAACUAUCACCCAGGGUUAA